CCAGUGGGUCCAGUACGAAGGCUUGACGUAGAGAACUGGAUGGGGCGGGGCUUGGAGUUCGUGCUUAGUCUCCAGUGGAUCGCCGACAGAGCCGGGUCUGUCCGCCUUUCAUUCAUCGCCGGAACUGUGCAGCUCGUGCAUCAGCCGCGGUACCGUCUCCCAUCCUGUCUCCUCCGACCAGCGACACCACCAAGGACACCACCGCCGGCCAUCGUCCGCGUUAUUUCAAGAUGAAGAUUGAUACCAGCCUGACUAUGCCCCAGCUUCCAGAGGCCCUGUCCCAGGCAGGCCUUCAGUUUGCUGUGGCCACUGAGGAGGACUUUGAUGAGAUCAUGGCUAUGAGCCAGGACAUCUAUGGAGGCCUUGACUACCUGCCCACUAGAUACACCAGCUGGCUGCAGGAGACCAACCGCACAGUUAUAUUGGCCCGCAAACAGGGGAAAGUGAUCGCUCUGGAGUCCGUGUGCGUGAUUGACGACGGAGAGACAAUGCUGGUGGAAGGCCUCCGUGUUGCCCCUCAGGAAAGAGGCAAGGGUGUCGCAGGCGUUCUGCUGCGCUUUUGCUGUGAGCUGGUCAAGUCCAAGUACCCAGAGGUCAAAGUAACCCGCUUGACCCGUGAUGAUCAGCUUGGACCCAAGGAUUUCCAGAAGUAUCGCAUCAUAACCAAGCAGGGUAUUCUGCUGGUGCGCUUCAGAGCUGAAGACCUCAAGCUUCGCCUGUCUGAACUUGGUCUGGGUGAAGACAUCCAAUCCUCUUUGUCCACCUCCCUCUCCGACCCUCCCCCGGUGCAUCUCGACCAUACAACUAUCCACCGGCUCUAUCUGACCACUGACCUGAUGCAGGGGGUCCUUCCCAAUGGCACCAUUAUUCAAGACUGGCAGCCAUUCAAGCUUUUGCCCAGUAACAUGGCUAUCCUACUGAAGAAGGACAUUGACUGGAUGGUGGAUGAUGUGUCCAACCCUACUGUGGCCAGCCUCUGUACCUUCCCUUUCAGGGUGCCCAUUGGAGAAGACUGGUAUUACCUAAACAUUGACAUGUUUGGUAAAGACCUGGACCUGGCUCGGCAACAGUUCCUGUGCCACCUGCAGCACCACACUGCCACACUGAAGGGUCACGUGAUGUGCCAGAUGUUCCUGGAUCCACCUCUCUGGAAGCCCAUGGCUGAGUUCUGCCACAACACCUUGAGCGUGGAGCUGGUGAAGGAGUAUACUGAGCAAUGCGUGGUGGAGUCAGACAUCGUCUAGUUUCAGAAGCGGGAUGGAAAGGAGCAGAGGAUGAAGGAGCUAGAAAGGAAUGAAGACAAGGGUCUAGACAACAAGGAAUGGACACUACUCUAUUACACUUAACAGAAAAACAUAACCCUCUGUAGUGAAGAGAUAGAAACAAAAUGUAGGUUCUAUAAAACAAAACAACUUCUCAGAAUGCAGUAAGUUAGAUUGAACAAUACAUGAACAAAUACAGUGUGUGGACAUAAAAUCAUGAGCACAUAUUAUCAGCUACAAUAGGUGUGAGAAAUACAACAUUUGUUAAGAUUCUAAUAUUUAAUUGGUGUCAGAGAUGUGUUGAUACAACACAAACAUAGUCAUUUUUAUGUAACAUUUUUAAGGCUGCAGUUUUGAAGUGCAGGCUAUCACCAAACCCAAAUAAAUGUGUUUUCAAAAAUAGACACCCGACUGUGAGGGCAGUUAGCACUGUCAAGAUGGUUUACAUUUGGUCAACGGUACAUAUUUGUGUUCACCAGAGUUGAGCUCUGCGUAAAAGCCACAGCAAGUAAAAAUAUAUGCUGUGAUACCUUCAUGCAACAACACUACAAACCAUAGCCAUAAAAGUGACUGUAGAAUGAAAUUAUCCCCUUAUAAAGUUAGUUUGAAAUGAAGUUUUAUGACAAUGAUAACUGGUGUUUUUGAUAUUAUGUCCACCUUCUGUAUGAUGUACGACACGUGAUGGUGUAAUAAGAGUGAUGUGCUUGGGGAAGCUUUCUCACACCGGUAGCAGUGAUGUAACCUAAAACCUAAAAACAGUCAACAUGCAAAUGCUAAAUGCUAAAAGUCCCCUAAGGUUAUCUCAAACCUUUCAUCUCUGCUUUUUCUGUAAAUAUGAACCUUCUAAAUAUGUACACAAACUGAGUUGGGUUACUAAAUCUGCACAACUCUGAAGGCACUUUAUUAAAACUACACAGACAGGUUGUGUCGACGUUAAAAUGAAAAGGAAUAGUUCAGGAUCAAAUAGGGUAAUUUUACAGAUCCCGUCACGCUGAUGUCGAUGGGUGCAUCAAUUCACUAGAAUUACCUUAGGAACAUUAACAACAAAUCUCUGCUGAAACAACAAACAAAGUCUGUUAGUGAAAUGAACAUGCUCAGUCACAAAUUGGCUGACAAUUUAUUCUUUGUUAUGGUCGGGCUUAGGUCUUUUGUUUUUUUUGUUUCAAAUAUUUGACUGUAUAUAUAUGUUACUAAUUUAAUAUUUUCACUUAAAUGCUGCAAUAAAAUUUUAACAGAAAUGAUUAACUUCUGAAGCUAUAAGUGAAAUCUAGGCUUACUUUUGUAGAUCGCUAGCAAAAUGCCAAACAAAAUGCGAAAAGCUUGAAAAUGUGAAAGAGACUACUGGGCAGUUUCCUACUGGCCUCAGCUAAUGGAGGGAGAGGAGAAGAAUGAAAAUAACUGUGUUAGAAUUAACAGAAAUAAAUGUUUUAACCAUCACUAAUAUUAGCUGGCAAAACCUUUUGAAAAAUAAUAUUCCCUGUGACCGUGCAAGACCAGUGCUCAGAGAAAGUUCAGCAAACUCAUCUCCAGUUUAGCCAUGAACACAA